AUGACUUCUCUUAGCGAUGACUUACAAAAUUUGACUAUUACUGAAGACCUUCAGCUCCAUGAACCCAGCUCCAAAACAAAACACACCAUUUCGCCGAGGAAUCCAGAGCAUAAUCCACUAUACAUAUUGAAGAAUGUGCGAAAGACUCAAAACCGGCCGGCUUUUGUUGCAGGACCCAUGGUCAGAUACUCUAAGCUUCCCUUCAGAGAGUUGGUUCGAAAUUACAACACUGAUAUUGUCUAUACUCCAAUGAUACUUGCUCGAGAAUUUGUUCGAAACGAUAUUGCCAGAUCUUCCGAUUUCACAACAAACGAUAAAGACAGAUGUGUAAUUGUUCAAGUAGGUAGCAACAAUGUGGAAGAUUUGUUGAAGUUUGUGGAGAUGAUACAUCCUUAUGUAGAUGGCAUAGGACUUAACUGUGGAUGUCCCAUUAAAGAGCAGGUUAGAGAAGGGAUAGGUGCAGCCUUGAUGCUGGAGCCUGAUCUUGUAGCUUCCAUGGUUAAAGCUGUCAAAGAAAAGUAUGGUAAUACUGUCUGCAUCGAGACUAAGAUCAGAAUCCAUCCCAAUCUUGAUGAAACCAUAGCGUUCGUCAAAAAAGUUGAAGCCAGUGGUGUAGACUUCAUCACCGUCCAUGGAAGAACAAAGAACACCAGGUCAUCACAGCCCGCUAAUUGGGAUGCCAUAAAGUUGAUCAAAGAAACGGUAUCUGUUCCCGUUGUAGCAAACGGGGAUUGCUUCUCACUAGAAGAUGCCUACAGCAUAGCAGAACACACAGGAGUCGACGGAGUGAUGUCAGCUAGAGGUAUAUUGAGUAACCCAGCUCUUUUCGCAGGUUACAAGAAGACCCCCUGGGCUGCCGUCGAAUUCUUCUGGGACUUGGCCACGAGUUACGGUCUUCCUUUCAGAAUCAUACAACAUCAUCUUUCGGAAAUGCUCGACAAGGUUAUUCCCAGAAAGUCGUUGAAAGAGAUGAACGAGACAACAUGUCUUAUAGAUAUGAUCGACUGGUUCGAUACCCAUUUCAUCUUGAAGAGACGAGGUGAUAAGGGCUUUGCUACGGCUACAGAGCCAAGUUGGAAGAUUAAUAGAGAAGAAGCAGCACAUAUCUAG